AAACUACGGUAAAGAUCGAUUUUUCAGCCGCCGAUCGGGCUUUAGUGCGUCGCCGAGCUCCGAAGCGUAUAGAUGGGGAUCGGUUCCGUAGUUUUUGCCGCCGCUGGCCUGCUGCUCCUCCUCCUCCCGCCGUCGCAGCAGCAAGCGCCAACGGGAAACAUUGGAUCCCAGUGGCGCGACGAUGAGGUCCAUUUCAACCGCACCCUGGACUCCAUUUUGGUGCCACGCGUCGUUGGCAGUCGGGGGCAUCAGCAGGUGCGCGAGUACCUGGUCCAAUCGCUGAACGGCCUUGGCUUCCAAACGGAAGUGGAUGAGUUCAAGCAGAGAGUUCCAGUUUUCGGCGAGCUCACGUUCGCCAAUGUUGUGGGCACAAUCAAUCCCCAGGCUCAGAACUUCCUCGCUCUGGCCUGCCACUACGACAGCAAGUACUUCCCUAAUGAUCCCGGCUUCGUGGGCGCCACUGACUCCGCCGUGCCCUGUGCCAUUCUGCUGAACACCGCCAAGACCUUGGGCGCGUAUCUGCAGAAAGAGUUUCGCAAUCGAAGCGAUGUGGGACUUAUGCUCAUAUUCUUCGAUGGCGAGGAGGCCUUUAAGGAGUGGACCGAUGCGGACUCCGUAUACGGCUCAAAGCAUCUGGCCGCAAAGUUGGCUAGCAAACGCAGUGGUUCCCAGGCGCAACUAGCUCCACGCAAUAUAGAUCGAAUUGAAGUGCUGGUGCUGCUGGAUCUUAUUGGGGCGCGGAAUCCCAAGUUCUCCAGUUUUUAUGAAAACACCGACGGACUGCACUCCAGUCUCGUGCAGAUUGAGAAAUCUCUGCGCACUGCCGGCCAGCUGGAGGGCAAUAACAAUAUGUUUUUAAGUCGUGUCAGCGGUGGUCUAGUCGACGAUGAUCAUCGACCGUUUUUAGAUGAGAAUGUUCCUGUGCUGCAUUUGGUAGCCACUCCUUUCCCAGACGUCUGGCACACGCCUCGGGACAAUGCCGCCAAUCUGCACUGGCCUUCCAUACGCAAUUUCAACCGUGUUUUUCGUAAUUUCGUUUAUCAAUACCUUAAGCGGCACACGUCACCAGUGAAUUUGCGUUUUUACCGAACAUAGUUUAUGUUUUGUCUUAUGGCUAAGAUUUAUUAAGCAUAAGUGUAAAGUGUUUUUCGUUAAUUAAAGUGUCCUAAGGCAUGUGUAA